UACGACUUCUAACCAAGUAACACUUGUCAGUUACAGUGCACAAUAUUUGACUUUUAUUGCUAUUUUAAUGACUCUUAUAUCAGAUAAAAUGUUUACUUUGUUAUCAGAUGCUUGUGAUUGCUGCCGUUGAGCCCUGUGGACUGUUGCACUCUGAACCUCCACACCCUAUCAUCCAAACAUCUGCUUUCUCCAGUGUUCAGUCCCCUAAAACCCCCUCUCGGCCUUCCGCCUCAUACGUGAGCCCAAACGCCAGCGUUUCUACUCCCUCAGUUCAGCCUGACUGUAGUUCUAAUGCGGUUGACCAUCUUAGCCAAUUCAAUAAUGCAUCAAGCAGUUCACCUCUAGUGCCUGAAAAAGCCACACCAAGAUCUUCACAGAUGACUGGAAGCGAAAGUCAACUGCGGGCAGAAGCAGAACCAGCAGUGUCCAGUCCUAUUUCUACUGGUGCAGAGUCACUGUCAGUUUCCCCAAAUAAGCACAGUCAAGUUCAGCUGCAACUGUUAGAUCAUGAUUACCUAUGCAAAGAACCAAGAAUGCUGAAGUGUGUUGUGAAUUUUGACAAGAUUUAUCAAUAUUUAAGUGACAUUGACUCUAAAACCUGCAAUUCAGCACUUACCUCAAUGGAGUGCGCAGUGCUGUUGGAUAUGCUGAUGUGUUUGCCUGAGGAGCUCCCAUUACUGGACUGUAAGGAGCUUCAACAUCACUUGCUCCAGUUACACUCGCAGCUCUCCAAACCUGUGAAAAUGCCAGCGAUCUCUUCGAACACUGACAGAGAUGUCCUACAGGCUAAUGUAGCAGAUUCAACUGCAUUAACACAGAAACUCACAGAACCAGCAAAGGACAACAAAGACUGGGCUACAGCUACCACCUGUCCCCUCAAUCCUUUAUUAGUUCCAGUAACCUUGCUGAAAAGACCAUCCCUUGAUUCUGAGAAAUGAUAUGCUUAGCCAGUCGCAGUUGGUUCCUAAAGAGGUUCAGCCUAAUUAACAUUCUGUGUGGGUCUUAUGUUUCUCUUUGCUACAGGUUGAGAAGUUUUUGCUUUCCUUUGUUUGGAAAAUGUGUGCAUAUCAAGUAUUCAUAUUGUUAAAUUGAUACAUACAUGUUUACAUUUUAGAAUGGCUUUGUUAAAAUAUGUUUGUUGUAUAAAAAUAAAUAAAUGUAAGAUUAAAUAUUAAACCAAGUUUCUAAACUUCAAAUUGUGGGAAAUAUAAACCAUAGUUUAAAAAUUGUACAUUUUCGAGAUUAUCAUUACGUGUUACUCACCUCUGAUUUAAAUCAUCUUGACCUGAAUGCUGUUGUCGUGCCAUGUUGAUGAGAGAAAUCUAAUGUACAAAAUACAAUGUUUGUAAUUGUAAAUCUUACAUACCCAACCUAGAGAUUCACUUACAGA